AAGUUUCAACGCUGUAGCAUUUUAUCUUGAUAUAGUUGAUAUGCUCUCAAAAGAGGACUUAUAGUUCCGAAGUCUAGAUUAAGAGCUUUAUAUCCUUACGCGAAGUUUCCUGGUUAUAGAGUUGGUCGGAAUAAUUUUCUCCCAACAACCGAAAGUUAAUACCAAUACUCUAUAUUUCAGGUAGUUGUAUAUAGUCGUCCAGGUCCUGGGGUGGUCCUUGACCAUUAGAGGUUCAUCCCUAACGCCAAACCAAAAUAAUUCUCUAACAAGACAACAGCCUAUAUAUUACCCUAUAUAUGUAGGACAUCCAGUACCUAUGGCCAACGAAAUUUGUAAACCGGAGACGUUAAAAGAAUUUCCUUUAUUCAGAUUCCUACCAACGGAGAUUCAAUGGAUGAUAUGGAAGUUCACUCUACCCAUCACGAUGAUCCGCGUGGGUGAAACCCGUUGUCCCGUAAUCGAGAUCCCACAGCCACCCGAAGGACACCCUUGCGGCAGUACCCCUGAUCUCGAAGACGUCCCAAUAUAUCCGCCGGGCAUCGUGGCUCUCAAAGUCUGUCGCCAGAGUAGAAUGAUCGCCCUGCAAAAUCUCGUCCCAUUAUCGAGGCCUUUUACGAGUCCCAGCCAUAUAAUUUGCAGUUAUAUUUCCAUUCACGACAUUAUCGAUGUCAGUAUCCUCACGCUUUUGGAAGAACGCCGUGUCCUGAAGGACGAUACGCAUGGCCCCAUCGGUCGGCUUGCGCGGAUAGAGCGCUCAAUAGGGAUGAGAGCGUGGUUAGCCGACGCCUUCCAGAUUAACCGGGAGAAGUUCCUAUACGACAUGGGUUCCCGCCGUCUAUGCAUGGUAAUGCGCAAAAGAGCCACCCCCAACGUAUAUCCACAUGACCCUACGUUGCAAGAUUCCUUCGCUAUCCGUUCCUCGUCCCUCGAAGAAUGGGUCUUCGGCUCCCGCAUCACCAUCGGCCACGUGCCCCGGUUUCUGCGCCACUCUUUCGAGCACGGCCCCGUGGCAUGGAAGAAGUACAACUGCACCACCCUCAUCGGAGGGACCCGGUACAACCGCCGGUACGAUAUCGCGGGGCUCUGCUCUCGCCCAGACGAGAUCCUAUAUUCGUGGGUGUGGCUCAUGCACCAGCUAGCCUACGCGCCGCAUCUGUCACUUCCGCUCCUCAACGCCUCCCCGGACCUCGUGCCCGUCCUACAAGUAUUCGUCAACAUUAUGGAUGGCAAUCGGUGCCCCUCGUGCAAACGCGCCAUUUUAUCGCGUAUUAAGGAGUGCUACCCCGAGCUACCGCUCGACAGAGUCGAUCUCCUAUUCCGCAUCCAGCGGUCUGGUGCUGGUGUCACGCAGGAGUAAAACAAUGCGCUGAGAUUGAUCUAGUAUUGUGAGCGCAGCGUCCUAGGGACGCUUUUCAGAGUGCUAUAGCGUUCUAUGGGAUACGUGUUCACGAGAAACAAGCGUUGGUUGGUAUCCUAUUUAUUUCGAUACUAUAAGGUGAGGGUUACGGUAUUGGUAUGAUGAUAGGUAUAAGUUGGGUCUCAGGACAGUGCGCUGGUUGUGUCUACCUAUCAACUCGCACUUUUAGAUAAUUCUCUGUCAUUUACUUGAUAGAGGAUUAGACAUAGCGCAUGAACAUAUAUACGCAAAUGGCUUUUAAAGCCAAACCCUCAUUGGUUUUGAUAUUUGCUUUUCUAUU